AUGAUGAUGGCUAAGUUUCACUUGAAGAAUACGAAGACUUAGUUAUUAGAUCACUUCAACAUGCAGGAAUCCAACUUGAAUGAUAUAUAUAUAUAUAAAUACAAUUAUAUAAAUAAAUUCAAAAUUCCCCUUCUCAAAAUACUUUGA